UGCAGGGCCGGCUUAUGAAGGAGGACGGUCAGUACGACCUCCCCGGGGUCCGCUACAAAUCAUGUUAUGUUAAGGGCCUUUAAUUCUUAUUUUUAGCAGGCUUGGCUUAGAUAUGGAUAGUAUAUAAACAUAAUAUUACAGAAUUUUCUAACUAAGAAAUCAAAUAUAAAUUCUUGUUUGAUGUUAUGUUUGAGUUGAAAAGUUAAAGAAACAUAAUAUUUUCAAAACCGACUAGUUAUGGGCUCCAAAAAAUUUUUUUGCCCAGGGACCUCCGGUUAUGUUACGCCGGCCCUGACUAACUGCUUAUGAGUAGAGAUAGUCAAUGGGCUCACCUAGGCCUGGGCGUUCGGGUACCUAUUCGGGUUCGGAUCGGGUGCUUCGGAUUUUUGGGUUUUUGGAUAAAGAGGUACAGAACCCAUUCGGGUUAUUUUAUACUUCGGAUCGGGUUCGGGUUUUUAAGGUUCGGGUUCGGGUUAUUUCGGGUAUAACCGAACUGUGUAACAAGUAAAAAAAAUUCUAUGUAUCCUUGAUUUGACUUUGUGAGAUCAGAAACAAUAUUGUUGAAGUUAGAAGAUUGAACAACCUAAUAUAAGAUUUGUGAUUUUUUUGAUUUGUUAUUACGUUGAGGAACACGAGUCUGUAUUCUUUCAUGUAAUUUCUAUUUGUAUUAUCUUGAAUAGAAAAUGGUAAAGAAUCCAUCUAUUCAUAAAUCAAAAUCAAACAAAUAUCAAAAUCAAACAAAUCAAACCUGGAUAAUCAUGAAUGUUUGAGUUCAUGCCUAUGUAAAGAGCAAAGAGAAAACAAAUCGCAAAUCCUAUUUGUAAUCAAACAUAAAUCAAAAUCGUAAAAUAUAGUGAUUCAUACAUGUAAUCGGUCAUAAAAUGAGUUUAAGUAUGUACUGAACAUAUAUGUUGAAAAAAGAGAAGACGGAAAGAUGAAUGGGACUGGAAGAUGUAAGUUUAGGGUUAGUAAUAUAUAUAUGUAUAUUCGGGUACUUCGGGUAAUUGGUUCGGGUAUCGGAUAUAACCAAUCGGGUACGGGUAUCCGGACUGGUUGAAUCCUAAACCCGUUCGGGUUUUUUUUAACUUCGGUUCGGUUUUCGGUUCGAGUUUUUCGGGUCGGUUCGGGUUCGGGUUCGGGUUUGGGUUAAUAUGCCCACGCCUAGGCUCACCCGCUCGUUGUUAGCUCCUUACGAUCGAGCUGCAUGUACUAAGCUAAGAAAUAUGAUGACAUGUGUGUCGCUUUAUCUACCAAAACGACACAAAGCGUAUCUUUUGUUUUUUGGUUAGGAGUUAGGACGUAAAAUUGUUAUUGUUGUACUUUUUAAUAUUAGUAUGGGCCUUUUUAACAAUUUCCUUAGUUGGUGAUGGUUUUUUUUGUGCAAUUUCUCCCUUUUUUCCACUUUUUAAUUUAUAAGAAUGGAGAUGAAUUAAACGUAAUGUUCCAACCGACUUGGAAACUAUCUAGGGUUUAAUGCAAGUGUCCCAGCCAUGAAACCAUCACGACACAACGUCUCGGAAGACCGUCAAACAAUCCUUCGACGCCACUCACGAUAUUCUUUGCCGAUCCCUAUAGAUCUCAUCAUCGAGAUAUUGUUGAGGUUGUCUCUGAAGUCUAUAGCCAGAUGUCGUUGUGUAUCAAAGCUCUUGGCCUCUAUAGUUGUCCGUCCAGAUUUCACGGACUCGUUCUUGGCCAGUUCUUUGGCUCGGCCACAGGUCUUGUUCGCGUGCCGAAAACAAAAUAAAAAUGAUGUAAUGUUCUACUUCUCUACACCUCAGCCUCAAAAUCCUGAUGAGAACUCAUCUUCUAUAGUUGCCAAUUAUCAUAUGAGUUUCCCCUUUGAUAGUCUCAGUCUGUGUAGUGCUGUUAGUGGUUUUGUUUGUAUUGAAGAUCUUCGGAUUAUAAAGGGAAGUAAAACACCAAGGCCUGUGUGGAUGAUAUGUAACCCAAGCACGGGUCAAUCCUUUACUUUACCCAAAAUGGAGUCAAGGAAGCGUAUUUGGAUAAGAUGCUUUUUAGGGUAUGAUCCGAUUGAGAAACAACACAAGGUAUUGGCAAUGACUUGGGGACAUACAAAAGCUGAAGACCAUCAAGUUCUGACAUUAUUAGGAGGAACUGAUAAACUGGCAUGGAGAAGGAUUGAAUGUAGCAUUCCCCAAUAUGGUUCUCCGGGGCCACAUAAUAUAUGCAUUAAUGGUGUUUUGUAUUUCAAAGCUCAGGCCAACAGAUCUUCCAACGGUCAAGAUAUUAUAGUUUGCUUUGAUGUUAGGUCUGAGAAGUACAACUUUGUUAAAGUCAUGAAAAGAGUAGUGCAUCCUGCAGCAGCUCUAGUAAACUACAAUGGUAAAUUGGCUUCAGUCAUCUCGCAAUCGCCCUCCCAUUAUAUUUUCGAUACUACUAGAAGUUUUGAAAUGUGGGUUCUACAAGACUCUGAAAAACAUGAAUGGUCCAAGCAUAUUUACAUAUUUCCUCCUCUGUGGAAGCAUAUAAGUGGAGGUCAGAACUUAUACUUUGUAGGUGUGACUGGUGCAGAUGAAAUUGUUUUGUGUCCCAAAUCUUUAUUUCGCGAGCCUUUCUAUGUUUACUACUACAAUUUGAAGAGGGGAACUAUAAGACGAGUUGAAAUCCAAGGACUGGAAAGGUUAGAGGGGAGUUAUAGAGUUGACACUUUCCUGAACCAUGUAGAGGACGUGAAGAUUGUGAAAUAGUUUUAAAAACUUUAUAAAGGAGGCUAGCUCUUAAGCUCUCAAUUUAAGACUAUUUCUGUCUUGUCUUGUUUUGGUAUUCAUCUUCUCUAUCCUCUUGUUCACUAGGGAGCGACGAUUGUUCUGUUCUAAAUUAUAUAUUAGAAACUCUUUUCUACUUGUGACACCAUAUAUGUAACUACGUGAUCCACGAAUUUCACUUGCCUCUAGCUAUGAAAAAUUAUAGCUAUAAUAUGAAUCAAAUGGCAUGGACAGAAUCAAGGCUAUGUAAUAAGUAGUUCUCUUUCAAUACCCACUUUUGAAGGUUGCGACCAGUAAUACAUAGCAAUGAUUCUUUUGUCACUGAAUUCUAUAUAUUUUCUUUUAGCUUUGGAUAUUUUCCUACACUUGGUAGUUGGUAUAAACACAUUGUUAAUUUUAUUUUGGCUAGCCAAGAUUUUGUUACCCCGUGAUGUUAGGAGUUUUCAAGGCUCCUAAGACAAAUGUUGUAAUAUAAAAGAUUGUCGAACCAGUUCUGAGGGAUAUCAAAUCACUGAGAAUGCAAGUACUCACUUAAUCUAAGUGCAACCAAUGAUUUAGAUGGGUUUUAAACUACUACUAAUACUAGAAAGCAAUAAC